AUGAAAUUUUCCUCAAUUCUUCUUGCUGCUACAUUAGUUUCGUUUGUUUCAGCACAAACAAUAAAACUUGAUGCCGAUGCUAACCAAAAAGGAGUUGACCUUCUCAUGAAAAGAACUCACAACUAUGGAUCUGACUCUGAUUCCGAUUCUGAUUCCGAUUCCGAUUCCGAUUCUGAUUCUGACGAUGAUGAUUACAAAACAACUACCAAGAAAUCUACAUCCAAGAAGUGUACCAAAACCACAAAGUCUUCUACCACCAAAUCAACCACGUCCAAGAAAUGUACCAAAACAACUAAAAUUAUUCCUAGUAUCACUCCAACUUGUUCAUUUUCAACUUCUUGUACUACUUCUAAGGUUACCAAAUUAUGGAUUUUUGUAUUUAAGAAAACUUCUUGUACUGUCCUGGAAGUUUGUCCAAGUACCACUGCCGUUUUCACUACAGUGGAAACUACAUCCGUAUCCGCUAUCGAAACCACCGAACCAGAGGAAUCUACUACUACUGAGAUUAGUUCAACAGAAACAUUUCCAGAACAAAUUUCUAGUGAAUCAAUCACUCAGGAAAUUUCAACAGAAGAGAGUUCAACAGAAGAGAGUUCAACAGAAGAGAGUUCAACAGAAGAGAGUUCAACAGAAGAUGAAGAGACAUCUAGUGAAGAAGAGCCACCAAUACCCACUUGGAUUUUAUUCCAUGCGGGACCAAAUCAGUACAAGAAAAGAGAAUUAAACAACAAACAAGAAAACCUUAAAAAUAGUACUGCUACUUUUUCCUCUAUUUCGGAAUCUAAUGGUACAGAAAGUCUGACUUCAGCUGAAGGUGUGGGUAAAUCGAUAAUUCCUAGUAUUGGUUCUUUUGUUGGUGUUUUUACCGCUUUGUUCUUGUUGCUUUGA